AUGAAACCAACCGUUCUCUACAUUGGAAACCCCAUCCGCUGGCACACCGAGCGCUGGGCUGAGCUAGAAAAACGCUGCAAUGUGCUAUACUACACCAAGCUCCCUCUACCAGAGCUCAUCGAGGCCCUUGGCGAAGGAGGAAAAUACUCGACCAUCGACGCCGUGUUCCGACCCAGCAACACGCUGGCCAACGGCUUCCCCCUCUUCGACAAGGAGUUGAUCCCCCAUCUGCCUCCGUCCCUGAAGAUAAUCGCUUCGGUCAACCAUGGCUACGACGGCGAGGACACGGAGGCUCUGGCCCAGCGCAAGAUAUGGUACUGCAACGGCGCCGGGGCCGCCAACGACUCCACGGCAGAUCUAGCCCUGUUUCUAAUCAUAGCUACGUUUCGACGGCUCAGCUUCUGCGAGCAUACAGUGCGUUCCUUGCGACGAGGGGACUUUUACGACAUCCAGGAUAAAGUCGUGGAUGUUGCGCAGAAUCCGCACGGUAAGGUGCUGGGUAUCGUGGGGAUGGGGGAGAUAGGGCAGGCGGUGGCUACGCGGGCGAUAGCCCUGGGUAUGAAGAUACAUUACUUUGGGCGGAAGAGGAAGAGUGAAGAGCUCGAGUCGAGGCUGGGUGGCGCGGUGUAUCAUUCUGAGCUUGGGAGUUUAUUGGGGGUCGCUGAUUGUUUGCUGCUGGCUUGUCCGCUUACGCCUGAGACGCAUCACUUGCUCAAUUCGAAGACUUUCGGGAUGAUGAAGCGUGGCGUUCGGGUUAUCAAUGUUGGCCGUGGGAAGUGUGUGGACGAAGAGGCGUUGGCCGAUGCCCUUGAUGAAGGCAUAGUGAGCGCUGCUGGACUGGACGUCUAUCAAGAAGAGCCGAAGAUAAAUGCUCGACUGCUGGAUAACUGGAAUGUCACGCUGCUGCCGCAUACCGGAGGAGCAACCAUUGAUACUCAGGCUAACUUUGAAAAGAUUACCAUGGACAACAUCGAGGCCUUCUUCUUUGGUGACGGCAAACCCGUUACUCCUGUCAAUAAGGUCGAGCCCUAG